AUGCAUAUUUUACUCGCAAUCAAUCGAUAUUCCGCUACUUAUGUUAACUACACUCUAGUUUGGGAUGAAUUAUACAUCAAAAUCUAUUAUUUCACAAGUCUCGGACUAUCAACACUAUAUUCGAUUCCAAAAUUUUCCACUGAUUCUGAAAUCCAAGCCGAAACCGGUUCCGAACUUACCAGCUCAGAUCUCCGGAAAGAUCGUAUUCUUCUUCGAAUCGCAUUUCUGAUGUUGUAUUCUACAAUUUCAGCCGCAACUUAUUUGAGAAUUCGCAAAAUUUUCGUGCAACGCGAGGCUCGGAAAGCCCAGUUUGGCCUACUUUGGAUUUGCUCUUUUCAAAUCCCGUUUUUGGUCAUGAAUUUGGUGGUGAAUUUGAAGAAUUUUUAUGGAUGGGAGAGUUCGGUGGAGACGAAAUAUUUGGUAAGUUCAGCCAUGUUCCUUUAGAGUACUGUAGAUCGCUGCGGGACCCUAACUACAGUAACCCUCAUAUCAAGAGCUUUAUUUUGAUACCAAAUAAGCCCAUGACCCUUUAAAUUCAGCUACAGUAACCCAUGUUUCUUUAAAGUACUGUAGAUCGCUGCUUUUAGAGGAUUAUUUUGCGUCUAAACAAGCUUCGAGCGCGGAAGCGCGAGUGUAAGCGGAAAAUUCCGCGCAAGCGGCUCGAGCGGAGCGAGUGUAUGUCCCUUUAGGGUACUGUAGUUCGCUGCGAGACCCAGAGCUUCAUUUUGAAACCAAAUAAGUCUAUGUUCCUUUAAAGUACUGUAGAUUUUUUCCAGAUCAACUUCUUCGAUCUCUUCUCCUACGUCCUAAAUUCCAUAGUUUUUCCAAUUUUCAAUCAACAAAUUCGUCAAAAAUAUCUGGAACUAAUUCAGCAUUUUUUCUGCAAAAAACCAUCUAAAAAUCGGAUUUUUUCAAUUUCUCUCAACUAA